AUGGUUCUCAACGCGAUCGAGCGCAUGGAGAGCCACGCCACUCCGAGAGAGCCAUCCUCCGCCAUGACGCGGAGCGGCCGCACAACCCCUGGCAUCGCGACCACCGCCGCCGGCAUCGCGGCCGCCCCUCCCGCCUUCUCCGGAGCGUCUGCUGUUUCUCGGUCGCCUCUCGGCGAGCCUGAGAGUGAAUACAACGGCGGCGUUGUGGCAACCCCUGUAUUCGGUGGGAAAGAAGAUCGCGCGAGGUCCCUGCAAGGGGCCGGAACGGGGUCCGGUCGCUCCUGUGCCGGUGCCGAUGCCACGGGAGAAUCGACAACAUCGCCCGUUAUUUCGAGAGUGUUUGAUAGAAGAGGCGAGGGGAGGCGAGCACAGACGGCGCCCGUGCAGUCAUGCGGGGAUGGAUCCACUCCUGACGCGGCGGCGGUCGCGUUGGGGGGGCUGGGCGAUGGCGGUGGCGGGGGUGAUGCCCCCGGGAGAGAAGGUGCAGGUCGUGGUGUUUCCCCUGCGCCAGCUUUAAGCCAGACUGCUUACGCUGGACCUUCGGUGGUGAUUGCGGAGUCGCCGGCGCAAGCCGAUAUUACCGCUACAUCGACUAGCGCUACCGACGGAAGGGACUGCUGUAGCGGUAGUGACAGGAGCCUCGCCACGGAAGAGUCCGUUGCCGUUGCUGCUGGUGCUUGUCCCGGCCAGGAGAGCGGAGAGGGGGGUGCUUGCGAGGCGACGGAACGGCACAGAGCAAGAGGGAACGGGAACGGGGAGCCACAAGGGGGCGUCGCGGGAGCGGAAGGCCGGGCGGGGGGGCGAGCCGCACAAGGCGGGGUGUCCGAGAGGCGCUCACCGGCACCGGAAUGUUCGCUCGGGGGAGCAGGUGCCCCUCAGAGAGUUGUCGGUCGUUGGACGGAGGGCGCCGCUUCUGAGAGCACCGGCCGUUCCGCGGAAAGUCCCGAGCGCGGCGGCAGAAGCAAGGCCGCCGAGCUCGCCCCCCCGAAGAAGAAGUCCGGUCCUCGCGAAGCCACGGCCGUCUAUCGCCUGAACCCACGCGCGGCACCGUUUACGUACAACCCCGGGGCGAUCGCGACCGAGAUGAAUGCUGUGGUGCCUUUCCGUGCCUCUGGUACUGUCGCUGCCACUGCGGUUGCUGGUGACGACAUUUGUCCCGGCGUUGUCCGUGCGAAGCCGGCGGUGGCGACGACAAGGGGGGAAGAUGUCUCCUUGGCUGCUGUAGCAGAUUCUUCUAUUUCGACCCCAGUAGGUGGCCCUUCUACCGCUACGGUCUCUGGCGGUGCGGACUCACUCCCGUGGCCGUUGUCUGCAACGACUGCGUCAACGACUGCGGGAUCGGUUGCGGCUUCUCCCUUUGAAGAGAAGGGGGCUACCGACAACAACAAUAACCACAACAACAACGGCGCUUCCGGCAAGAAGCAGAGGCAAAAGAAGAAGAAAAGGAGGAAGCAUAAGAAGAGCGAGCACGGUGGCUUUGGCACGCCUUCAUCCCCAGCUACUGCUGCCUCUGCUGCCGCCGCCGCUGCUGAUGCUGCUGCUGAUGCUGCUGCUGAUGCUGCUGCUCCUGAACAGCGACCGUCCCCGGAAAGCAAUGCUCUGGGCAGAGUGGACUCUUCCACUAGUAGACGCGUUGAGUGUGCCCAGACGUGUAAGGACAGUGGUCGUGGCGAUGGGGAUGGCGAGUGGCGCAGGGAGGGGAAGGGAUCGGACCCGCUCGACAAUCAAGCGCAGGCUCAUUCGCCGGGGGAUGUACCGGCCGUGGCAGCGGUGGAGACAACCACCGAAGGGAGCAAUGCGGAGGCGAUAGCUAGCGUUGCCACUGUAGGCAGCGGAAACGACGGCUGCGCUGACAGCCGCAACAAGGGCGAGAAGAGCGAUAGCCCGCCGCGACGCGAAACGGGAGCGGCGCAGGAUGGCGAAAUAAACAAUAUCCCACCGCUGGGGCGGGAUCAAUGCCACCCCAGCGCCGACAACAACCGGGAGGUCGUCGUGGCUGGGGUCGGAGAACGUGAUGACGAGGGCACCGGCCGGAAACAAGAAGGAGAUGAGGACGAGGAGGGAGAAGAAUCGGAUGUUGACGGAGAGGAAGGGGAAGAGGAGGACGAGGACCCAGACUUUGCAUACGUCGACGCCAUGGAGAAAAUAUGGGCGGAGGCGGAGGCCUGGGUGGACGCGGAGGCUCAGGCUGAAGAGGAGGCAUGGGCCCGGCUCCCAACCGACGUGACCUGCUGUCCCUCGGAGUACGAGGGGGGGGGGGGUUCCGACAUCGACGAGUCAACGCCGGCAGCGGCAGCAACGAAGUCAACAGCAGCCACGGCGGGGGCGGCACGAUCGUCAUUAGAUCACCGCCGGAAGCCGCCCGGUCGUGACGAAGAUAAUUAUGAUGACUACGCUGGUGGUGCAGCGGCGGAGACGACCGGAGUGGUGUUGCUACCCUUGGCGUCUGGCGCCGAGAGCGGUUCGGAUGUACCGCUGAGGAGCCAAAGCAGCGGCGGUAUCUGCAGCCGUCGCACCGUAAUGGGUGCUAACGCCGGCGUUCGGCAAGGCGCGGUUGGCGGUAGCGACGAUGACGUGGACGAGUUGCUCGACCUGGAGAUCGAGGUUCCGGUACCCGGGGAGGCGGAGGAAGAGCUGGUCGGGGCAGCAGUCGGAGACAUUGAGAGGUUUGCAGGGAAUGGCGAGGAGGAGGCGUUGCGUCAACGGGUGAAAACGUUGGCGUCGAAAGAGAGCGCACCUCAGGACAGCAAUCACUCCUAG